GUUGUCCAGCACUAAAACUGGGCUGACUUGCAGCACUGUCGAAAACAAGCCAGUCAUUUCGUGCGGCUUUUUAACAAACAGCAACUGUAAAUUGAAUUGUGACAAAUUUAAGGAUCAAGAUGCUUCCCGACUUUGACUUUACCGAUACUCCGGUCAGCACUGGCACCACCAUCAUGGCCGUGGAGUUUGAUGGCGGAGUGGUCAUUGGAGCUGACUCCCGCACCAGUUCGGGCGCAUAUGUCGCCAACCGUGUUACUGACAAGCUGACCCGCAUCACGGAUAAGGUCUACUGCUGCCGCAGUGGUUCCGCCGCCGACACCCAGGCCAUUGCCGACAUUGUGGCAUACUCUCUAAACUACCACGAGAACCAGACCAACAAAGAUGCGCUGGUCUUUGAGGCAGCCUCUGAAUUCCGAAACUACUGCUAUAGCUACCGCGAGUCCUUACUCGCCGGUAUAAUCGUGGCUGGCUGGGAUGCCCAACGUGGGGGCCAGGUGUACAGCAUUCCAUUGGGUGGCAUGCUCACACGGGAAUCGUGUACCAUCGGCGGCUCCGGCUCCAGUUUUAUCUAUGGAUUUGUAAGGGAGCACUACCGCCCCAACAUGCAGAAGGAGGACUGCGUUUCAUUCGUCAAGAAGGCUGUCCAACACGCCAUUUACCACGACGGCAGCUCAGGAGGUGUGGUUCGCAUCGGCAUCAUCACCAAGGAUGGUAUCGAACGCCGUAUCUUCUACAACACAGAAUCGGGCGCAUCCGCUGUCUCUAGUACUCCCAGCUUUGUGUCCGCAGAAUAAAUAGUAGGCAUACCCAAAUAAGAUCGAUUAGAGGCAGAGUUACAAACUCGCUUCAUGGUAAUAAACUUGGUUUUUGUAAUACGGA